UAUUACUUUAUAACCAUGUUACUUCCAAACAGAAGACAGCCAUUUGUAAAAUUUAAAGAUCAAAAACUCAACAAAUCUGCCACUCGCAAAAUGGCGGAGACAAACACUUCACUGGACAGGAACCUUACGAGGCGGAACGAAAGUUUCGUGUCUCGCUUUCUGGGGGCCGCUGGAACGGCUGCUCAAGAAAGAGAAACAGUUAGAUUCUUGGCUAUGAGGCUUUUCCCAUCAGCAUCGCCACGCCGCGGAUUUCUGUCGGCGCCUAAAUGUUACCGGUUCGUUGAAGGGUUUUUAAAGCCCCUUGCACAAACCAGCAGGCGGAGACGCGCCUCGGAAUCCCGUCUUUCAGACGAGAACGUCAGACGUUUCAUAUCAGAGAACACGGAGGUGGUGGUGGGAGGAAGCCUGACGCCUGAGAUAAAACUGAGGCUGUUUACUCCCGGCUGCAGGUUCUGGACAGAACGACCAGAACUCUGGCCUUUCAGCGACCCGUACUGGGCGAUUUAUUGGCCGGGAGGACAGGCGCUGUCCAGGUACAUCCUGGACUACCCAGAUGUUUGUCGGGAUGGAUCCGUGCUGGAUCUGGGCAGCGGCUGUGGAGCCUCAUCCAUCGCUGCGAAACUCUGCGGUGCUGCUCGUGUGGUGGCCAACGACAUCGACCCCGUUGCAGCUGUUGUGACCAAGUUGAAUUGUGAACUGAACAAAGUGGACCCACCACUUUGCCUGACAGACGACAUAAUUGGUUCGGAUCCUGCCGGCUUCGACUUGAUCCUCCUGGGCGACAUGUUCUACGACCAAACGCUCUCAGACAGCCUUCAUAAAUGGCUGGACCGCUGCAUCAAAAGCCACGGCUCCAAAGUCCUGAUUGGGGAUCCUGGGAGAGCCCAGUUUGAGGGACACGACAUCCGGAAGCUCCUGCAUCACGUAGCCCAGUUUGAGUUGCCUGAGAGUGUUAGGCAGGAGAACUACGGCCUCACAUCCAGCCAUGUUUGGUGCUAUCGCAGCAAGCUCUGAGUGUUGAAACGGUUUCUGUUUGACUGAAAAACGUAUUUAUUCGCGACACUCAUUUGAAUAUUUUUGGAAUGGUGUGUCAAAAAUGUAAGGACAAGGGGAAUUAAGAUGUUAAAAAGAAAUCUUGUAAACAUCUUGUGGCAGGAAGUGAGACCUUUUUGACACUGCAAACUGGAAACAACUCUGAAAUGUUCAUGGUAAAUGGUAAAAUGGCAGACUUAGAUUAAUUCUUAUAUCAUUAUGCAGAGAGACUCCUAUUAUUGCAACUAAGAAAAGGAAUUAGAUUGAACUUAGAAUCCAUAAAAUAAAAAAUUCUUCCAGAACAGGAACACUUAGUUUUUAUUAUUACUUAGAAACUAUGGAUAACUUCAGCGAAUAUUUAUACUUACUUACUCACUUACACUUAUCUAGCAAUCCAGAACAGGGAUGAGAACAAACAGAAUCCAGAAAAUCUACCGUAGCAACUACUUUUUAGACUUCUUCCAACCCAAAAAAGGUUUAAAAGAGAGGAUACUUCCUUAUACUUAUCUAGCAACCCUGAAUAGGAGUAUCUAGUGU